ACCUCGGGGCGGGGGUGGUGGUGGGGGAAGCUCUGUGGAGGCAAGGCUUCGCCGUCACGUGACUCCCCUGACGCCGCGCGUGCGCCGGCCCGCGCGUGCGCAGACAGCGACGGCGCCUGGCGUGCGGGUGGGCGGCGGGCCUCGUGCGCGGCUGCGGUUAUGGCGAAGAGCCUGAGGAGCAAAUGGAAGAGGAAGAUGCGGGCGGAGAAGAGGAAGAAGAACGCGCCCAAGGAGCUGGAGAGGCUGAAAAGCAUCCUGCGAACCAACGCCGACGUGGUCAUGGAGGAGGUCAAGGAGGUGGCGACCGUCCUCCCCCCGCAGAAAGUCCUCCAGCAGGGGGAUGACUGCAAAAUGGACACAGAUAAUAAAAGAAACAAAAAAACUCUUCUAGACCAGCAUGGACAAUACCCAAUAUGGAUGAAUUCCAGGCAGAAAAAGAAGCUCAAGGCGCAGCGUGUUAAAGGGAAAAAAAAGGCAAAGUUGGCCAAAGGCUUAGCCUGGUAGACUCAAGAAAUUUUGUAAAAUGGUGAAUAUUUUAAUUACAAAAUAAAGAUCCCAAAUAAGUACAUGAUUUGGGGGGGGGGCGGGCUUGGCCACCGAGUAUAAUUUAUCGUUGUGUUGCCUGAACUUUUGAAGAGACUAUUAGGCCAUCAAAUGAUGAAAGCAAUAUCAACUUGAUAUCUGGCUAAUUAAAAAAAAAAAAAAAAAGCUGAGUGCCUUUGAACAGAUCUGUGGUUAUCUGCUUUCUUGAGCGGGGAGGGUCUUCAUCUUUUAUAAUGUGGAAACUCAAAAUGCUGAGGAAAUCAUAAAAAUAAUGAAGCUGUAAAUGGUCUUUGCACUGUAGUCUUUGUUAAUGUAACUUAUCUUUUAGUAAUUUUACCCCAGGAUUCUGUAAACUGGCUGCAUCCCUUAGUCUUCUGUAAAAUGACUUUUGUUGUGCUGAUCUGUGUUGCUUUUAACAUCUGGUAAUUAAUGAAAACAGACUCUUAACAUGUAACUUAGAAGAGAUCAUACACUGAAAUCAAAACCAAGGCUUCAUGAAAUUUUCUUUCUGUAAAACUAAAGACAAAGUGUCAGAAGUGCCAGCACGAUUUUCGGGUUUUUUUAAUUCUCAGAGAAGGCUGUUUAAACAAAGAUGUUUUUGCUACUAUUUGCAACUGAAAUAUCAUAGGAACUGAACAGUUGAAAGUAAAAAAUGGUCUGAUCUUUUGUUAUCCAUCUGACAGUAUGCAAGUGCACAGAUUGUAAAAGGUAAAUUUUGUCUAAAACCUUUUCCAAACUUCUGUAAAGUAAAUGAGAAUUUAUUUUUCCAUGUGUGUUUUCAGUAGCCUUAUAUUCCUCUUAAGCUGGUACUCAUCUAUCAUGUUUUACGAUGUGGACAUGGGAUAAAAUAUUGCAUGAUUGCAUAACAGAUGCCAUUUAUAUGUGAUUAGCUACAGUUGGUUGCAUAUUACUUGGCAGUAACAUGUGAUGACAGAUCCAAGAAUUAGUUACCCUGAAAGCCAGUGUUUUUAAAAUGUCUCUCAUUUCAAGGAUGGAAAUAAUUACAGUACCAGUCCUGUAGUGUGUUGCCUAUUGAAGGUUCCUUAAUCGAUACAGAGCAUUACCUAUGUACAACUUUGUCCAAGAAUGGGAUCUGCCUUCUGUAAUUGCACAGAAAUUGUGAUAUGUUUGUCGUGAUAACUUGGACAUAGGAAAUUGGAUUUAGCCUUUUAAAAACAAUUACACUGUCUUAUACUGUGCUAAAAAACACUAGAAAGAAAUCAACCUGAUAGAAAAUUUACUUUUUCUGGAAAAAUAGGUCUUUUUAAUUAUUGAGUGUUGGGGAAAGGAUUCUUCUGUUUUCACAUACAUUGAUAGUUAACGAGACUUGGUAAGAUGUAUAGAUUAAAAUUUACUAAAUUGUGUGCCAUUAACAACUUAUAUUUGUACCUUAAAAGUAUUUCCAUCAGGUUGAUAAUACUCUUGCUAAAAAUAGAAGAUGCUCCUUGUGGUCCUUUUUUUUUUUUUUUGUUAGGAUAAAUAUGUCUAGAUUUCAGUAUCAGAUAUGAAAUGUUAGCAUUUAGGUUAAUACUGCUUUAAAAUUGAUUAAUAUGGAGGAAGAUGUUCAUUUAAGGUUCAUAAUCUAUUUUUACCCAGCAAUUGAAUGGAAUAAAUAGUCAGUUUGUAUUUCUUUACUAUUUUAA